CCCUCCCAACUUCGUGGUGCUAAUCAGCAAGCAGCUCGAUGUAGCAGAAACACAGGAAACGCAUUCAAACGUCUGUAAAGGACUACAACCGAGCUAAAAUAGCUUUAUACUAUACCCGAUAGAAUAUUAUAUCUUUGCCCCUCCGUGGUGGCCGCAUCGGUGCUGCGCUGACGCGCAAAUUAGUAGUUUUGUCGCACAGCCGUCGAGCAGUCGUACAAGUGGAGGCGUCCAUUUUAGCUCCCGUGGCCGCUCAGCGUCUCACGUGUCCUGGCCUGUAAGCCUCACAUGACCCGCGUGUUUGUCCCCGUGAUCACAGCCUCCAUCUCCGUGGAUCGGUGUCGUUGACGUCGCUCCUUACCCACCACCGACCGAGUCUUCAUGGAUAUGCUGGAGCAGAGUGUGGACAGCUCGGCGAGUCACGACAAACAGGAGACCGACGAAGUGGUGCAGUUACAAGAAGGAGAAGCAGAGGAGCGGUCAGCAGGGACCAUCUCCGGUGUCCCACAAGGUGCUUUCACUGACCACAAUGUCCAGUACCAGUUCCGCACAGAAAAUAGCGGAGGACAGGUGACCUAUCGUGUAGUUCAACUGGCAGACGACGGCAUUGACUCGUCGGGCGACGGCACAGGGGCUGUUAGCGUCGUGUCUACUGCAGCCUUUCCAGGAGCGCCACAAGCCGUGACACAGGCUGUAAUCCAGAACCCUUUCAGUAACGGCGGAAGUCCUGUCGGUGAGACCGUCGGAGGGGAGACGCGUUUCGCCUAUUUUCCUGCCGCCGCUGUUAGCGACGGUACAGCCACUGCUGUGUCAGUGCAGGCCGCUGCUGACCCCGCCAUCACACAAGGAGCCGGUCAGUUUUACGUAAUGAUGACCCCGCCCGAAGUGCUGCAGUCGGCGAGCCAACGGACGAUCGCGCCACGCACACACACCUUCCCAGCAGACCUUGAUGAAAGCGAGAUGUUGCAGCAUGGCAGCACAAACUGGAAGGUGGAUGGUCCACGGGCACCCCGUGAUGAAAGGAGAAGAGCACAGCACAAUGAGGUGGAGAGAAGAAGAAGAGACAAGAUUAACAAUUGGAUUGUCAUGCUUUCCAAGAUCAUCCCCGACUGCAACAUUGACAGUAGAACAGGCGCAAGUAAAGGAGGCAUCCUGUCCAAAGCUUGUGAUUACAUCCGAGAGCUGCGUCAGAGUAACCAGCGACUGCAGGAAAGCUACAAAGAAGUGGAGAGAAUCGAACUGGACAAUGAACUGCUUCGACAACAGCUUGAGGAGCUAAAGAGCGACAACGCACUGCUUCGAGCCCAGCUACAACAACAUGGUGUAGAAGUCAAUGGAGAUGCAACACCUCAGUGAUAAUGAAUGAAGAUAUUCCCAGUCACCUGAACUAUACCAGGAAAGGAAUAUACGGCACCAGUGGAACACAAAAGUGGGCUGGGAGCCUACUGAAGAACCACUGACGGACUCGUCAUGUCUUCUGUUGGUCAAACGGCUGACAUUAACUGAGUAGCCCAAUGAACCACUCACCCACCACUGCUUCAAGGAGAACGACCUCGGCACACCACCGUACUUGUAAAAUGCUUGAUUUUACUGUAACCUUUCUACCUUCAUGCCUGGUGUCUUUUUAGUUUUUUGCAGCUACCAAAUCAUAGGAAUUACCACUUUUUUAUUUAGUCGUUUUAAUUUAUAAACAUAGCCCAAAGUCAGCACAUUUAAAAGCAAUGCUAUAUAAGGAGUGAACAGUUCUGAUAUUAUUUUAGUGACCUAAAUAAGGUGAAUAUCUGUGUAAACCCUAGCUCAGGUAAUUAGUGUAGUGCACUGGCAACUGCUUCCCAGAUUUUAUAAAUGGCUAUGACAUAUUCAUUUUUUUUAAAAAUAUAAUUUACUUUUCCCAGCGAGGGAUCGUUGAGUGGUCACUUUAACUGGGCAUUACAU